AGUGACGUUGGUCUGCCCCUGCGCAGACCUGGCCGUUCCGGGGCUGCCAUGUUCUCCCUGCCAUCCCUCCCCUCCUGGCUCCCCGGCCUCCCCUCCCUCGAGUGGGGUUCUAGCCUCCUCCACUCCCUCCUGCAAGGCCUGAUCGGGGCCCUUGGAGUCUUGGUCCUGAACAGCCUCCUGAAAGUUUACUUCUUCGUGGGCUGUGCCAAUGACCCACAGCGGUGGCCCGAAAAGGAGCGGCUUCGGGCCCAGUGGGCCUCGCUGGAAACAGUGCACCUGGCAGGGCUGGCCCUGUUUCUGACGGUCGUGGGGUCCCGGGUGGCUGCCCUCGUGGUGCUCGAGUUCUCCCUCCGGGCUGUGUCCACGCUGCUGUCACUGGACAAGGGCUCCAGGGGUGCUGCCGAGAGGCUGCAGCUUUACCUGCUGUGCCAGUACUCGCUGGGCUGCGGGCUGACCUGCGGCCUGAGCUUCCUGCAGGAGGGCGCCCCUCACCGCACGCUGAACCUGCUGCUGAGCCUCGGGCUGGCCACGCUGCUGGGUCUGGGUGCCCGGCGCCUCCGCCGCCACGUCUGCCGCCUCUACGAGCUGCACAGCAGCCAGCACUACUGUGGGGUGUGCCUGGGCCUGCUGGCCGGUGCGCACGGCCUCCCCCAGCUGCUGGGCCGCGCCCUGGCUGUGGCCUUUGCCGUGGGUGACCUGGCAGCUGUGGCCCUCAUCAACCAGGACUUCCUGACCACCUCGGAGGCCGUGCGGUUCUGGACGCCGCUCACCAUCUGCUACACGCUGCUGGUCAUCUACAUGCAGGAGGAGCAGCGGCAGCACCCUGGCCUGAAGAGCAAAGUGCAGACGGUGCUGGUGCGCAUGGGCGGCCUCUUCGUGCUGCUGCUGACUGUGGGCCGCUGGCUGGACCUGCUGGGCAUCCUCAUCUCCCUGCUGGGCGAGCUCUGGUGUCUGGCGGGCGUCCGCACCCUGCUUGACCUCUGCCAGAUACAGGAUUUUCCAUCCCAGAGGCCUCCAGUGUCAACACCAAGCCAGCCCCUGCCCUCGGCACCCCAGUCCCAGAGCUCGGCCCCCUCCUGACCUGCCUCGGGGAGGAUCUGGAGUCUGUCUCAAGCCCACCAGCCUGACCUUCGAGGCCUUGACCCCAGGGCGAUGCCUGGAGGCAGAGUGGCAGGGCUGGCCCCCUGCCCGGAGCUCAACGCAGGCCCUAGGAGCCCUGAGAAGGGAAGGCAGGAUUUGGCGAUGGGAGCCUCUGGAGAGGGGACACCUGGGGGCCCCUGGUUGAACCCUCUUUUUCUCAGGGUGGGCAGUGAUGCAGCCCCUCAGACCUGCCUUCCUGGGCAGGGGCGGGGGGUGCAUCCUCAGGAGGGCUCCCCCUUUACUGGUCUCCCUUCCCUUCUCCAUGAACAAUAAAGACGAUGACUUUC